GCGAAACUGAAACACCACCUGUAGUUAUAGCGCCGUGAAGCUAUAGUUAGCGAGCUCGCCCCCGAACCGAAGAGGGAAGCUUUCCAUAAAUAAAAAUAACCACCUUGCCGCCUCGCGUGUAGCAAACGGGCUUGUUCCUCCACAAUUGCGCUUCGUUUUCUAUGGUUUUCGCCGUUUGCACAGUCGGCUGUGGCUGACCCACGCGGACCUCGAGAGGCUACCGCGACAUUUAGAGAACCUAGUUCAGUGUUUCGCAGCGUGUUCGAGCGUCGUUUCUCUAAUUCUCAGCAACGAGAAUCGGAAAAGCGUUUAGGAAAAGGUGUGUUGUGUGAUGGACUUGGGACAGUGUGAGAUCGAACUCGACGAGUUUGCAGGUGGAAUUGUUUUUAUUAGAAAUUUAGUCAAUUGAGUGUAAGAUUGAUAUUCUGUUGUUUUUGUUUAUUUUUUGGGGGGUUGGGUUAAGCAGAAAGAGAGACCAAAGGUGUCGUGUUGAAUUUCUUAUUGGAAGGUGAUUUCUCUAUUUUGCCGGUUUAGUUUUCACGGGUUUUAUUAGCCCUCGGUUGCCACGCUCGCUUCACCGGGUCAAUCUGAUCCACUGUUCGAUUUCCAAACAGCUGCUGUUGAAAGGAUAGCGGCGAUAUCGGAUCAAAGGAAAUUUGAGAAUACGGAGGAAGAAAGUAACGUUGUUUCCGAGAAAGAAAGGGAAAUAUUUGAAACUAAUUAUGGAAGAAACGAAGAGAUCAAGCGUUCGCAUAAUGCGCGGAAAAGUAGCAAAGAACUGCAAAUGGCUAUGCUCGUUGACCUUGACGAGGCUGGUGAUUUUACGGCCAUUAGGCUCUGAUUUAACGUCGAUUAGCAUCGCGGUGAAGAUGCAGAGCUCGAAGAGGACGUUGCGCUCCAACGAGAUGGCCAUCCCAACCGGUGGCAUGCUGGACACCGAGCUAGAACUGCAAUUCGCGCUUCAGUAUCCGCAUUUCCUCAAGAGGGACGGCAACAAGCUGCUGAUACAACUGCAGAGGAGAAAACGCUAUAAAAAUCGCACGAUGCUCGGGUACAAGACGCUAGCCGAGGGAGUUAUCAAUAUGGCUCAGGUUCUCCAGAAGCAGAUGGACCUGGAGCUGGAGCUAGUGUCUGACAAGGCGGAGAAGUACGGUGGCCACUCGGUUGUGUUAGCCCGCGUGAGCGUGGUCGCGCUCAGCUCCCAGCCGGUCGACCAGGACAAAAGACUGAUGAACGACCCGAGCGAGAGGCUCUGCCCCGAGUAUAGCGACGAGGAGGAGGAGUUCAGCUCAGAGGGCGAAGCGGAAGGCAGCGACAGCGAGCCAACUCUUGAGAUGGGACACAGACGAAAGACCCGGGCGAAGAUUCCGCCCAACGCCAGGCAAAGAAAUCUAAAGCAGAAAUUCAUAGCACUGCUGAAAAGACGGUUCAGGGUAUCCGAGGACCUCGAUCAAGAUCAAGAGGAGAUCGGGCAAAAGCUGUCAGACUCGUUAACUGGAUUUGUUAAAGGGGCAGAAAUGGAAAUCGAGGAAUUGUUCGACGAACUGGAAAAUUUUUCAGACAGUGGCCCCGAAUUGGACACGAUGUCCGUGAGUAGUACGCCCAAGCCGUCCCUGCGCCCUUUCUUCAGCUCUAGUCGAUCUCUUCUCGCGCCACCUCACUCCGUAGUAACCAACGAGGAGACCGGAAACACUGCUGCGACAGCCAUAGGUCAGCAGAGCGCAGGUCAGCCAGCUAAAGAGAAACAGCGUGUCGGACACACCACUCCAGAACGUGGCGUGGAUAGGCAAAGUGACGAUAGUUCCCGAAGAGCGGACAGCGACUCGCACCCGGAGAAUUGGACGGAUCACGAGGCGAACGAUCCGCCGAAUUACGUGACGGGAUCGCCGCCCAAAUCGGAACAGCACAACAAGGCCGAGAACACCGACAAACGGAGCAGGCUUUUUACUCGCGACAGAGGCGUGCCGGCCACCAAUAAGUCCAAAAAGCAUAGCCUCAGUGUGGACCUGAAGCCUCCUGCCGACUUGAAUAGCUCGGAGCCGAGGAAAGCGUUGGUCGAGCAAUUAAGCCGGGUCUUACCGGAUGACAGUUUGCCGGACGCUGUGUCGUUGGUAUCGCUGGCUGAUCCUGGCGCGGCUGUGUUGGCCACGAGACUUCAAGAGAGGAACCACAGGGUCCUGACGACCGCCUCUCCGGCGGAUAUUCGUGCCACGUUCACGUGCUUGGUCACGCGAAUACAGAAAUUUUGUAACAGCUCCGCUAAGCCGCCGGCACCGAUCAAAGUAGUGAUUGCCGGUGGUGACGGUUUCGUGAAUGCAGUGCUCCGCCACUACGUGGAUCAGCUAAGUUUUCGACCGCAGAAUUAUCUCAAGUUCUUCGUUGUGCCUCUGGGCUCCAAUACGUUGUCCAAAUACCUCGGCUCCAUAGACGCCAAGUACUCGAUGUUGUUCGGUGACGAGUGGAAAGAAUUGUUGGAAAGGGAGGGCGGUGGCGCGAGCGAGGGUGCGGCCAGAGUUUCCGAGUAUUUGGCUUCGGCUGGUACAACCUUGCUACUGCCGAUUGCGGAAGCCAUGGUUACCUACAGAGAAACAGACGACAGCAGCCAAAUCUUCAUCCCAUUCAUAAACGACGUCCGCGUGGGCUGUCCGGAUAGCAGCUCCUCCGCGUCGGUUGACCUCGAAGAGAGCAACGUGACCAUGUCUGGCUCUCCACCUUCUCUCCCACCCCCUGCAUUACCUGUUCCACUUCCUGGUAGGUUAACGCCACCAAGCAGCCCGAACGUCGGUCAACCAACGAGGGAAGGCUGGGAACCGGUCGAGUUACAACUCGAUUAUUGGAGCAAGCAAACACAGGGUGAAAAAGGCAAGAACACAUUGAGACAGGCGUUUAGGGCGUUACACGUUCAGAGACUUCCGUCUCUGGGUGAAACUCCUGGCCUCUAUUUGUCCAUGAAUUACACCACAAAGGAGAAGAAACAAAAAAUAAUGAGACUGGGUAAGAAGAAAGAGAAAGAGAAAGAAAACGAGCCAAAGAGUCAAACGGUGGAAGGUGUGACACGACUUAUAUGCUCUGCGAAGACUCACAACAUUCCAUUAAGAGUGAGCAUCGACGGUACCGAGUGGUACGGCGUGAAAUUCUUCCAACUGUCGGCGCAGUGGCAGACGCACAUCAAGACGUUCCCGAUAGCGAUGUUGGAGUACAGCCCCCAGCAACAAGCAGCGAACCCCACGUAAACGCUUGCCUCGUUCCCGUCAGCGGCCAGACGUUUCGCCAGAUUUCGUUUGUGUUCAUGGAUAUUGCCAAUUAGAAACAACCGCUUAGCUUAUCGCGCAAAACCCGAAAGCCAUGAAACCCUCGGAACGUCGGAAGAUAGAAAAAAGAAAGGGAAGAAAUAGCGAGACAGAGCGAAAGGUAAUGCGCGAUAGAGGCGCCAGAGUUCGUAAAGUGGACAGUCCGCUGCUUGAAACCGCAGGUCGUUGCAGCUUGUACAGGCUUCUACAGUGUUUGAACGCUGCCUGUUCGUUUAAUUGGCCCACGGUGUUGCAUUACGCUCGGGUCGUUCGUUCGAUUACGUUUCGAGAAGCGGAAAGCAAGCUUGGAGACUGUGCGAUCUGUUAACGUUUUUGCUGCCAACUGUCCGAAGGCAAGGAGAAGCCAGAAACACAGAGAAAGAAAGAGACGCGUCUCUUCAUCGCGCGUGCGACCAAUUCGCCAAGAGUAGGCGCGUAACUGAGACGUAUCGAAGAUCGGUAGACGCAUAACGUCAACAAACAUAUCGUACUGCGAUUAAUAUAAGAUAACGACGAUGACGAUGGAUCUCGUUGGUUACGCGAAUGCCAUACAGCGAGGGAACGUGCGGUUACAUCCACACGGAAGCGAAUUGCACGAAUAGGAUAUUCGAUUUUCCUGUCGGAAGCGGCACAUGCGAUGGAUUACGAAGAAUCGUUCGGGAACCGGGUUCAGCAAUCCACCCCCACUCCUUUUCCUGCAUCCCCACUCCCUAGCCGUCGACGCGUGUACAUAUAGACAUUUUUUUAAGGACGAGCAUAGGAAAAAUCGAUCGGUUUCGCCUGCGAGUCGAACUGAUACACGUAUUUGCUAAGAUAGUUCUUCGUCUAAAUCGCGAGGUAGCGAAGCAAAGGUUAGCGUUAAAUUAUGUAUUUAUUUAAUUAACGUGUAUUCUAUAUACGUAUACAUAGGUAAAUAUAUAUGUGUGUGUGUGUGUAUACACACAUGUGUAUAUAUAUAUACGAUCGCAUAUAGCAAUGGAGCAUACAGCGACGUUAUCGAAAGAAGUCUGUGAUACAGGCAAAACAUUUCUCUUAGCGCACAAACCUGUUGUUUAGGAGAAGACGAUGUAGUUUCGCGAAUUUUCGGGAAGUUUUCCCCGGGGAGAGAGAGAGAAGAUAGACGAAAGGUAAGAGAAAGGAAGAGAAGAAUAAUAAGACGAUGAAUACAAUUAGGACGAUUACGAAUUAGCUCAUUAGUUAUUAUAUACGUUAUACUCCUUUUCUCGUUUAAGAUUUCGACAUAUUUUUUGUAUUCCAUUUUAUAGACUUUUAGCCGCAGGCUGCUGUAGUUUAAAUACUCUAUUUUCAGAUUUGAUUAUUUGAUACUUGAUUCCUGCUAGAUGACCUUCUCACCCUUCGACUUCGAUGUAACGUAUAGAGUAUACUCAUCCGCGUAUUAUUGUUUAGCCGGUAGAAAUAAAAGAACAAAAAGAAAAAAAGAAAGAGAGGGCGAGAGUGAGCAAGACUUAAUAGACGUAAAUUCGUUGGAAAGGCGUAGACGAGGGUAUUAGGGAACAAAGAAAAAGGAAAAAAAGAAGAUAUCGAAUGACUGCGUUCUCCUCAUACCAUCGAUCGAUAAUGAAAUUAUCGCGGUGAAAAGACAGAAUCGAAACGCGCUCGCGCGUUUUCUUUCUCCUUUCUAAUUACAUUUAUUGAUUAUUGAAUUUCACUUCAAAUCGCCGUUCAAAAUCAACCGUCUGUCACGCGUUGCAAGUCAAGUCCUUAAGUCCCUCUUGUCCCUCAGAAGAAGAAAAAGAAGAAAGAAAUAGAGUCAUAUCACGACGGAACGAUAAAGACUAACGUUUAAUACUGUGGAUAAUAGAAGAAAAGAAGAAACGAGAUGAAUACACAUGUAGCAUAAUUUGCACGAGAAGAAAACGAACACCGUUCGAACGAUAGCUGCGUGCAGCAGUCACGUACUUUCCGAUUUCUUCGUUUUUGGGAUGUAGCUUCGGAUAAGCAAGAGAAUAGACGAGAAAGAAAAAGGGGGAAAAAUUAGAAGGAACGACGCAGCAGCUUACUGCUCGGUGUCUCCAGCGACAUAUAUGUCGUGCUGACUGCCUAAUGCCAAAUCGAAAAAGAAGAAGAGAGAGAGAGACACGAGCAGAAAUAAAGAGAAGAAAAAAAAUGGAUCGUCCAUUCGAUCAUUCGUUAAAUUCAGAGAAAAUACAUUUGGAACGCGAGCAUUCUAUCACUGUGCGUAAAACAGCGAAGAGGAAAUCGAUAUUAACGUCCUAUGGUACAUUGGCGAAUUUACGUUCGCCGGUGUAAAAUUACAGGCAGAAUCUUUACCCUGUGCCGGUACAUGUACACGUACACACACUCGCACACGAACACACGCAUACCAUACGAUAGUACGUACUCUGUGUCCCGCCCCCCUGUUCUCUGCUAGUCUGCAAUUAGUUUGUAACGAGUAUCGAACUGUGCAAAUCGUAGUCCUACAUUUCACAUCCUUAAGCGGCUGAAAGCAAUAACCCGUUUUCUGCGAACUACCCCGCGAGAUACGUAGUUGAUUUGAAUAGCAGCUCGAGGCAAUGUCGAGUUAUUGUCGAGCGACGCGUGUGUACGUGGCAACGUUCUGCUUCUCGACGCACGAUGGCCUUCUGCGAGGCUGUGCUAAGAGAAAAAAAGAUAGAAGAUGAUCGGAGCGAUAAGAGCGAUCGGAUAUUCAAAUUCGAGAGAAUCGUGGAUGAGAUCGGAUCUUCUGAUUAAUUGCCAAUUUCUGUCUUGAAAUUUUUUUAUCAUUCUAUUUUAUGUAUAUAUAUAUGUGUGUGUAAAUUUUAAUUCAUUUAAAAAAAUUCAGUUGCGAGAUCCCGCAAAAGAAAAGACGUUUUAUUCGCGCGAUCCUUUCUUACGAGAGCGACACGACUUAGAGGAAACGCAUUGAUGCACGGCUUGUCCUUUAAGGUCCUCUCAUAACGAUAAGCUCGAGAUGAACACGACGUUCGUUCGUAUUUUAAAAGUAUUGAUAUAUUUUUCUUACUAUCGCUGGAUUUAACAAAGUAAUAUUUUAUCGUAUCGAAGUAGACUUGUUGGCAGUUUUCGAAGAGCCGGUCGGUCGGUUUGACUUGCGUUAGUUUAGUGAAAAAGGUGCGAGGGGAAGAAAGGCCGCGGUAGACCAAUCAACGUUUGCACGCCACCGUCGGGAAAGACUUUCAAACCCGUGUCAGUUUUCAGUGGCGAGCGCACAUUAUCGCGAGAAAUAAGAGCGCGGUUGAACGCGACAAGUCUAAAGUCUAAAGGAAAGAAACUAUGCCAGCAGGCCACGCCAACGAUGAAAAGCCAACAAAGAGACGUUGCUACGUGCACACGUACACGCGAUAUUAACUGCCUCGUUGUCAGCUUCAUUGAACGUAUGCUGAAUCGUUUUUCAGCGAUCGAACCUGCCAUACGAUGUACAUAUAUAUAUUUCUAUAAGUACAUAUGCAUAUAAAUAUAUGUAUAUACAUAUGUAUAAAUACUAUGUGUGUGUGUAUAUAUAUAGGGUGACCCAUGAUUUUUCAGCAGCAUAUUCUACGAAUAAAAAUAAGAAGAAGUUUGAUAGGAAUGUAGACUCGUAAGCACUUGAGGAAGAAAUUCAGCAAAAAAAGUACGAAAUAACGCGAGAUUAAUUUUUCAUUCGACACAAUGCCCGCCGAUGACUAUGCGUACUCGUUUACGAACGAUUGAUACUAAGCGUACGACGAGAAUGUUGUCAACAAUGGAUCACGAAGCUUUCCAUAGGUCCACAUUUGUAUAAAAUUGAUUAUUUUUACUCGAAGAAUAUGCUCGCGUCGUUUGAACGAAAAAACCUGAGACACCCUGUACAUAUAUACUCGCACAGUUUGAACGAGGCGUUCAAGAACGUCGUUCCGCAGUUUUGCACGAUGGCGUUUUGCUUUUCUGUCAGAAGGCGCGUUCAACGAUGUCUCUUAUCAGUGUAAUUUCGACGGAACACCAAAAAAGAAAAAGAAAAAAAUGAUGGAAAAGUUUCAAAGCCAAUAAAUUUGUUGCGACGAACAGCGACCGGCUGAAUGCAAGUUCAAUCGUGACACGUCGUAGGAGACGACGCGCAGUGGUCGAGAAUCCGAAUAAAUUAAACGGACGAAGAAGCAUACUUCCGGCCACACCGGAAACCUGGCUGUAAAUUGUACAACGCAAAGACUAAAACGUUUAUGUUCGUGCAUACCGUUCCGUAGCUGGUGGAAGGGACAUAGCGAAGUCACAGAAUCGGCCGUGCAUUACGCUGUGUACGUUACAAGAAUCGGAACAACAGUCGUUCAAUGCGUCGUUGACUGUCUCCGUGCGAAAACUAACCUUUCAACGUACAAGCUUCCCUUUCAUUCCCGCAUCGUCGAUAUAGGCAAUAGUGAAAUUUUAUGCGUCAGUAUAAAAAAUGUAUUUUUCAAUAUAAACUACCAUAGCUUGAAUCAAUAAAUAUCGCUGGUUAAAAUUGCGAAACUGUAAAAUUGUGAAAUUGUAAAAUUGCGAAACUAUAAAAGAUCGUGUCUUCGACAGAUUAACAGGCGCCACUGGCUAUUUCCAUAAUCGAAGAGUGCCUGUAGAAAACGCUAUAAGUGCCACGAUUGGAAGAUUUUGUUUUGACCAUGUUCUACAUACCCACGAAGAUACUGUUGUAUUAUUAUUAGCAUCGAGUAUUACUUAACGUCUGAUCCAAGUGCAAUUUCCCAUUCCAAAUAGUUUUUAAUAAUAGCAGAAAAUAGUGUGAAAUCGCCUCUAUAUAGAGAAAUAUAAGUGCCAAUAAAAAUUAGUUAAUUGCUGCUUGGCUUUUGUCUAUGCCAUUUAUCAGAAUUAACCAAAUGUUGAGUUCUUCUUGCAGCUGAGAGACGACGCGUACAGGCUUUUCUACGAACACGGUUUUCUUUCUCGUAAACUUGAACUAUUGUUGGCAACUUAGUGAUUGUGGAUUUUGUCAUAGAUGGUAAUGACAAAAUCCGCAAUCACUUAGUUGCCAACCCAAUACAUGAAUGCGUAGGUUCCUGUUUCCUUCCUCGAGAGCUUGUUCCUUGGCACCUACAGCUUUUCCUACGAGCACUCUGCAAUCGCUAAAUGACACCCAGCAAUCUUAUCCAAGUUACUUCUGUAAUACGAUUACUAAACUUUCUGUAACUGGAAUUAGAUUGAAAUUCGGAAAAGAAUAAAAAUUGUAGACCAGCGAUAGAUAGACGUUUUGUUAUCACACAACGCGACAAAGCGACGGUACAAUAAUGCAGUGCAAUAGUACGAUGAUAUGACGUGAGAUGGAGGCAUCAGGAUGAUCAUAUGGCAUAGAUGUACAAUUUGAAGCUCUAUAACGUUAUAGAGGAUUGAUCUGCGAUCUCGUUAUAUCGUUUCCACCAACUGUCGUACACGCAUACCUACGCAUAUUUAUGUCUUACGAACGUAUUCAGUGUUGAAGCAGAAACGAGUUCUUUUAAUCCACAGCGUAUAAAGGACUUCGCGUGUCUCUUAAUGUUCCUCGAUCUCUUCUCCUCCUAUUUUACCUUACUUCCUUUUGCUUUUAUCGUUGGUUCGCCAAUAAACGCUUGCGUCUUCUUUCUUCUUCUUUUUUAAUUUCGACUCGUCCAAGUUGUGCAAUUAAUAAAUAAGCUUCGUAAUACGAGAUUUUAGCGUCUUUAGAGACGUGCGACGAUACACCCGUGACACGUGCUCACGGUCUUUGUUUUCCUUCCCCUUCCAUUCCUCUCGUCGCACUCGUAGCUAAACUGAAUGGAUUUAUGAAAAAUUGAAACGUAGAAAAAUAUACGAAACGCGAGAACCUAUGAAACAUUCAAAACAAACUGUCUGCGACAGAGGAUGAAAACGCUUGUUUGCUUGUCCUGUUUCCUUGACGCACGCGAACGUUGAAAUUCAGUCGUCAGAUACCAGUCGUCCGCGGUCCACAACAGCAUCGUAAGAUUCGUCGAAGAAUUCGUUCCCUUGAAGGCUGCUACGAGCAGCGAUCGCUGCGAACUUCGACUCUCGAAGCUCUCGAUUCUAGUCAAAACGCAAGAUUCUUCUCGAACGAGACAAUCGGUACCGUCGUCGCACGAAUUCGCGAUGUGGCGAUCGAUCCGCGUAACGAGCGUCACCAUUCGGUUUCGAAUUUUCCAACGCGUUUCCCGCGAGCCUCGCGAAACGCAGCAGAAAAGAAUGGAUCGAUAAGCUAUGUCAGACGAUUGAGCGCGAGGAUGCGAUCGUUAUGGACCGCAAGGGCCGUGAGCACGUACGCCUGGGCCGCAAUACUCUGCGAAAACGUUUGCUACGAUACGAUUAUUGUUUUCGUCGGCGUAUAGUAAGUUUCGACACGUGUGGGCAGCCAGGCCCAAGCUCAAAGCUUACAAUAAUUAAACGAAAAAAAAGAGGUAAUUAAUAUAUAUAAACAUAUAUAUAUAUAUACACAUAUAUCUAUAUAUAUAUGUCUGUAUAAAUAUAUACGUGGAGCGUGUGUUUUUCAGUACCAGAGCGCAGCGAUCGGAAAGAAAAAGAAGCGAAGUAGGAAAAUAAUUAAAAAGAAUUAAGCGAAAAAAAAAUGGAUCGGUCAGAGAUACUGCGCUUGACUUUCACGGGCGUUCUUAGACGUCUUUAUUGCGCUUACGGCGGCCGAUGUCUAAACUGUACAUGUACAUAUGAUUAACUUGUUAUCAAUAAUAUCAGAGAGUUCAAUUAAAAGGGCUGUAAAACGCGUGUGCCGGCUUCCCACGCGGGAAACUGGCAGCAACGAAAUUGAUAGAGGGCGGACAAAGAAAGAAGAUGGAGGGGGCAACAUGGCCUCCGCGUGUAUCUUCACGAGCAAAGUCACGUUCUUUCGCACUGAUUUUACAGUUUUCCUCCUCUUCGAGAAUUAAUCCGGCGAGUCGCACGACGAAGCUAUGGAAGAAAAAAACCGUUCCACGAAUUCUACGCGAACAAUUAGACUGACAAAGAUAAGAAAGAUUAGAAGAGGAAUUACGUGGUAGUUUGUUGAUAUUUGAUACGCGUGUCGACUGUUUCCAGGUAUCUCGCUCUACACGUUUGCGCGUUUCUUCUGUUUCACGCUUUUUCUCCAAACGUCAGAUGUACAGAAUUUUAUUACGCACGCAAUAUAUACAUAUAUAUAUAUCGUAGACAUGUUUUAAACAUAUUAAUUGUACGGAUCUCGUUACGGACCUGGCAAUAAACUUCGUUCGCGACUGAAACGAAUAAUUCCGCCCAAGUUUCUAAAAUACAAAGAACGCGCGAACGUUCGUGCUGUUUCUCUUGAACCCUUUUAUUCCCAAACUAGAAACUACGUUAACUAUAAUUGUAUUAGUCGAAAAAUUAUAUUGACCGUUAAAUUAUUCAACGUAAGCGAUUUACGGAAAUAUUUCGCGAACGAAAUUGCACGAGGAUAGAGGAUAAAGCUCUUCGUAAUUUUUCCCGAAUUGCUCAUGAAAUGAGAUUACUGCGGAAGCGAGAGAGUCAAAGGCGUGCUUUUUUCAUAAAACUCGCUCGACCAACGAACUGCGAGUAAACACUGUAUAAUUACCGAGAUCCUUUUGUUAAUUGCUCUAAAACGGGGUUAAAAAGAAAGAAAAGAUAUUACAAUGAUCGAGGAAAAUUUUGAAGGACUCGAAGAAUUCGUUUCUUUUCUUUGUUCAAGUUGAACGUGAAUACACACGCGUAGAUCGGGUAAAGCAAAACAAAGGAGGAAAGAAAGAAAAUGAGAGAAAGCAGUGAAAGAAAAUAAAUUUCUAAUAAGUGAACGCUAGCCUUCUUUUUAAUUCAACUCCCCUAUUGUUGAUAUAAUGAACAUGAAAUACCUAUAUGUGAUAUAUAUUAUUAUAAACAUAAUAUUCGGAUACAGGAUAUCAUUGUUAUUAAUCUAUAGAAUAAUUAGAGACGGCUUGUGUCCUGGGCGUAACACGUGGUCGUUUUAUACUGUGAACGCUGUGUAAUCGUUGUACAGAAUAUUCUCUCUGUUUUUCUUUUUUUUUCUUUUCCUUUUUUUCUUUUUUUUUUUAAUAUAUUACAUGUACAUAUGUAUACAUAUAUGUAUACACAGUAUAGUACCGUAUGUAUAUGUAUACAUACAUCUAUGCAGAGUACAAUAUAAAACGGCAAAAUAGAUUGUAGCUUCGUUUUAUAGAGAAAUAUACAUAUAAUUAUUCGUCUAGUGGCAUCCGCGUGAAAUAUAUUUAUGUAUAUGGUUUGACUUUCGACGCUCUCCCACGAUAGAAGAUUCAAUAAAAGAAGCGUGUGAGGAUCGUUGUUCCAGCGACGAAACUGUAAUCGCAUUCUCGUCGCGUGCGAGUCGUCUGGCGUGAUCUUUUGUAUUUACAAAAGACGAGAAAGAGGGAGGACAUUGAUCGAUGAUUCCCAGUCGCAUCUCAGGACACAAGUAGAUAUAUAAUGUAAUUAGAAAAUAGUGGACAAAAAAUAAACUUGUGGUAAUAACUCUGUAUGCUUAGAGAAGGAAAAAGAAACCGAAAACAACAAUAAGGAAAAGUUACAAUUUUAAAAGGAUAAAAGUGGAAAAAAAAAACUAUGUUGUUGAUGUUUGUAAGCUUGAAAUAUAAAUGUAACGCAGUU